CUCAUUCAAACGCUUCCGAGAGAGCAAUCAUCGGGCAUUCGGGCUUGUCAUCCAGCUUCCGAGCUCCGAUCCUCGUCGUCUCUACUUGCAAGCUAGCUUUGAUCUGUUCGUUUGGCGAUUCUUGAUCAAGUCAAUGGCGUAUGGCAAGAGGUCGAGGCAGCAGGCCGAGGAGAUGGUCCGGCUACCCGACGGCGCCGACGUCGCGAGCUUCCUGCUUCUCUUCUCGGGCCACCACUACCAGCACCAAGCGUCGUCGCCGGACCCAGCCUCGGCACCGGAGCGCGUGUUCGAAUGCAAGACCUGCAACCGGCAGUUCCCGUCCUUCCAGGCGCUCGGCGGGCACCGGGCCAGCCACAAGAAGCCCCGCACGGCGGACGGCGGCGCCGCGGCAGAGCCGCCCAAGCCCAAGGUGCACGGCUGCUCCAUCUGCGGGCUCGAGUUCGCCAUCGGCCAGGCGCUCGGCGGCCACAUGCGCCGCCACCGCGCCGCCGAGGCGGACGGCGGCAGCAACAACGGCCUCGGGCUAGGCCUCAGCCUCGGCAGCGGGCUCGGGCAGAAAGACGGCGGCAGGAAGGUGGCGCCGGCGGCCGAGGUUGUGCUGGACCUGAACGCCGUGCCGGAGAUGGAGGAGGAGCCGGAUCGCGCCAAGCUGGGGCUCUCCGUCGAAUUCCCCGUAGCAGUAGUUGACUUCUUACGCUAAGAACGUGGAAUAGAUUGAUCUUCUCGGUUCCAUUUUUGAAUUAUACUAUUUACACAUUAAACCAACCCAAAGGUCAGCCUUUGAAACAUUAGAAAGUCCAGGAUACAUGUUUUUUUUUCUCAGAAAUGUAUGAGGAUAUUUCUAAUGUUCAAGGGGACAGGCUCUAUACAGUAUGCAUGGUUUGACUUUCUGCAGAUUUUUAUUUUUUAUACAUAUUUUAAGGCUUUAUAUAUUACUCGUAGUGAUAUAUACUUCUGUUUUGUUUCAUCAUUUUCACUAGAGAUUUAUUUUGUGGGUUUGAGUAUCUUGUUUUGCUUUUCCCACAUGCAUCAUGUAUAUUCAUGCAUGCAGUUCAGUCAUACUCCAAUACAUAUGAAUAUAUCCAGUACUAGUGACACAAUUUGGCGGCU